AUGUCCACAUGUAAACCAUGGAAGGACAGAUCAUGCUGUUCCCAGGAAACAUCUGUAGGUCUUCACACAUCUGAAGCUUGGCUAAAUUUCAAUUGAAACCACUGUCAACAACUAUCACCCGAGUGUUCAAAACACUUCAUACAAGAUUUAUGUUUUUAUGAAUGUUCACCAAAUCUCGGACCAUGGCUGAUUCCGGUUAACAUGAAGAUAAGAAAUGAAAGACCCAUGCAUGUACCCUUGUGUGAAUCAGACUGUACAAAUUGGUGGAAUGCAUGUAAAUAUGAUUUUACCUGUUUAUCCAACUGGGGAACUGGUAAAGGAUUUAAUUGGACAACAGCUGACAAUUAA